AUGGACCCGACACGCGCAGGGAUUUCCGCCUCUGCUACAGAAGGGCUCAAUCCAGACUCCCUUCAGUCAAUCAUCGAGGACCCAGAAGGAAAUCCCUUUGAGAUAAUUCUUCCUGAUGAUAAAAUUGAUAUAAAAGACCUGGCGGACGAAGCAGCCGAUUUGCGCUCAAAAUACGAGACCUGCGAACAAGUUUACCUCUGGGCGUGCAGGAAACUCGGCUGCACUCCCGUCACUCCUUUCAUCAGAAAUAUUAAUCAGGAGCUUUGCAAUUUAGAUGACUACGGCCUCGGAGAACGAGGAACAAAAGCGCUGUCAGUGUCUCUCAUCAUCAAUACAAGCAUAAUCAGACUUCAAUUAGCCAGCAACGCGAUUGGUGGCAAUGGAACUUACAGUAUUUGCAACAUGCUGAAGGAGAACUGCUUUAUCACAGAAUUGGUUUUAGAUAGCAAUGAUCUUGGCUCCUUUGGGGCAGAAUGCGUUUCAAAAAUGUGCGAAGACAACCGUUCAAUAAAAUAUCUCUCGUUGCGAAACAACGACUUUCAAGAUCAGGACGCGCAAAUACUCUGCGAUGGAAUCAAGGGCUCCCUGACGCUCGAGUACUUGGAUCUCUCACAGAACAAGUUCUGCGAGACCCAAGCUAUCGGCCAGCUGAUCAAUCAAAACGAGUCGCUCAAGACGCUGAAGCUGCACUGGAACAUGCUCCGGCUCGAUGGGAUGAAAAGCGUCAUCAGUGGAUUAAAGGAAAACGUCAGCCUCAAGCAUAUUGACCUCAGUUGGAAUGGCAUUGAAUCUCGUCAUUGCGGCGAGCUUGCAGAUGUUCUUACAACAAACAACACCUUGCAGCAACUGAACGUCAACAACAACCGAAUCGAUCCAACAGGCGCGAUGACGCUCUGCCGCGGCCUCCAGAACAACGAGUCAAUAACUCACUUCCACAUCAAAGGCAAUCCAAUCGGCGAGGACGGCUUCAAUGCAAUCGUCAGCGCGAUCAUCUACAACACGCGAAACAUCAUCGAGCAUCUUGAAUUUUCAAAAAUUGACUUUCCAGCGAAAGAAACUGUUGAACUCAUGAAGGAACUCUCCCAAAUGAAAAAGUCGUCUCAGUCUGAUCAUAACUUUCAAUUCUGCUGUUGA